AUUUCCUCCCAACUUCUAAAGACCCAAACUCCAUGCUUCCACCUCCUCUGCUUCCUCCAAGCUCUGUGGCAAGAGCCAAAUGCAUCCAGGCUUAAGAUCUCCUCUUCCAUCUAUCCUUUUACUCCUCGCCCUGUCAUCGACUCCACCUUCUUCCUCGGAGAGCUACUAUCGGUAUGCGGAUUGUGCUCCCUACACAUACUCUUGCGGUGGCACUAGGAUCAACAUCAGCUACCCUUUUCGCGUCGACGGCCGUGCCGACAACUGUGGCUACUCGGGAUACUAUGUCGCUUGCAGCGAGGACAAUACUUCCGUGACGAUCGAGAUCGACGGCAAGGGAUACGUCGUCAAGGAUAUAGAUUACUUCAACCGCCUCAUCACCGUCGUCGAUCCACCCUUCGUCAAGCAGUCGUGCCCUCAGCCGUACCAAAACACCAGCAUCGACAUCUCGCUGUACAGCUACAGCGACCGGGACCGGAACGUCACGGUGUUCGUCAAUUGCACCGCCCUCUCACCUCCGAUUCCCGACAUGCAUGACAUAGGUUGCGAGCCGGGCGGCGGCGCCGGGGGUCGUCACGGGUAUUACCAGCUUCCCGGUGAGACCCACAUGGAGAUGUUUGGGAACUGCAGCUCGAUGGUAGUGGUGCCCAUGCACCAAGCAGCGUCGGACGAGAUCCGGUACGGGAAGCUGAGCUUUAGCGACGCAGUGAAGGGGGGGUUCUCGCUGCAUUGGAAGGCAGGGGAGGAGUGGUGUUGUGACUGCUUCAAUUCUGGUGGGCGCUGCGGCUUUGACGCGCUCUCUCCGAACAGCCACACCUGCUUCUGCCCAUAUGGUUCAACCGUUGGAACAUGUUCAGCAAUUGUUGUUCAUCCUCAUCCGAAGACUAAAAAACUAAUGGGGAUCAUAAUAGGUAAAUCAUUAUCAGUUCUUUUCAUUUUCUCUAUUUCACUUACCUGAAUAUUUUCAUCAUUUAGAAAAGAAACAAAUAUUAAGCAUAGAAAUAUAUUUUUCUUCGUGUGAUUUUUUUUAUUCUCUUUUUUAUUUUUUAUAUAGGGAGUGUCGUUGGAGGCUUAUCCUUGCUGUGCGUAUUCCUCAUGAUCUACACUCGACGUUGUAGAAAGUCGCACGAUGUUGAAGCUUUUGACCGUCAGAAUUGCUGUCUUCCACGUCGGAGACAGUCCUGUGGGAACAAUGCGAAGAGUGUUGAAGGCAUUCUCCAUCAAUGUGGAAGCCUGACCCCCAAGCGGUACAGGUACUCGGAAAUAAAGAGGAUGACCAAAUCCUUCGAUGACAAGCUUGGCCAAGGUGGCUUCGGUUCCGUGUUCAAGGGCGCCCUCCAAGAUGGCCGUUUGGUCGCCGUGAAGGUACUGAAAGCAACCAAACGCCAUGGAGGAGAAGAAUUCAUCAACGAGGUCGCUAGCAUCAGCCGCACAUCCCACGUCAACAUCGUCGGCCUCCUCGGCUUCUGCUUGGAGGGAUCAAAGCGAGCUCUCGUCUACGAUUUCAUGCCCAAUAGAUCUCUGGAGAAGUUCAUCUGCUCCGACAAAUCGACGGAGGAACCACGGUUCGGUUGCGAGAAGCUGUACGAGAUCGCACUCGGCGUCGCUCGAGGGUUGGAGUACCUGCACGGCGGCUGUAGUACUCGCAUCGUUCACUUCGAUAUCAAGCCGCACAACAUCCUUCUCGACCAAGACUUUUGCCCCAAGAUCUCCGAUUUCGGACUGGCUAAGUUGUGCCCUCCGAAGGUGAGCGUGAUUUCCAUGGCGGAUGCGAGAGGAACGGUUGGGUAUAUCGCCCCAGAAGUGUUCUCCAGGGGGUUCGGCGUCGUCUCCAGUAAGUCUGAUGUCUAUAGUUACGGGAUGCUGCUGCUGGAGAUGGCUGGAGGAAGGAGAAGCAUCGGUGCAACCGAUGAGUACACCAGCGAAGUCUAUUUCCCACGCUGUCUCUAUGAUGAUCUUGAUCGAUACUGCAAUGUAGGAGUUGCCGGAGUGACCAGAGAGACCAGAGAGAUCGCGAGAAAGAUGUUGAUAGUUGGGUUAUGGUGCAUACAGAUGAUGCCUGAGAACCGCCCUUCCAUGAGCGAGGUGGUGGAGAUGUUGAAGGGGAGCGCUGCAGACUUGCAAAUCCUUUUAUUUUAUAUAGGGAGUGUCAUUGGAGGCAUAUCCUUGCUGUGCUUAUUCCUUCGUGUGAUCUACGCCCUACGUUUUAGAAAGUCGCCAGAUGUUGAAGCUUUUGACCGUCAAAAUUGCUGUAUUCCAUGUCGGAGGCGGUCCUGUCGGAACAGUGCGCAGGGUGUCGAAGCCUUUCUCCGUCAAUGUGGAAUCCUCGCCCCCAAGCGGUACAGGUACUCGGAAAUAAAGAGGAUGACCAAAUCCUUCGAUGACAAGCUUGGCCAAGGUGGCUUCGGUUCUGUGUUCAAGGGCGCCCUCCAAGACGGCCGUUUGGUCGCCGUGAAGGUACUGAAAGCAACCAAACGCCAUGGAGGAGAAGAAUUCAUCAACGAGGUCGCUAGCAUCAGCCGCACAUCCCAUGUCAACAUCGUCGGCCUCCUCGGCUUCUGCUUGGAGGGAUCAAAGAGAGCUCUCGUCUACGAUUUCAUGCCCAAUGGAUCGCUGGAGAAGUUCAUCUGCUCCGACAUAUCGACAGAGGAACCACGGUUCGGUUGCGAGAAGCUGUCCGAGAUCGCACUCGGCGUCGCUCGAGGGUUGGAGUACCUGCACGGCGGCUGUAGUACUCGCAUCGUUCACUUCGAUAUCAAGCCGCACAACAUCCUUCUCGACCAAGACUUUUGCCCCAAGAUCUCCGAUUUCGGACUGGCUAAGUUGUGCCCUCCGAAGGUGAGCGUCAUUUCCAUGGCGGAUGCGAGAGGAACGGUUGGGUAUAUCGCCCCAGAAGUGUUCUCCAGGGGGUUCGGCGUCGUCUCCAGUAAGUCUGAUGUCUAUAGUUACGGGAUGCUGCUGCUGGAGAUGGCUGGAGGAAGGAGAAGCAUCGGUGCAACCAAUGAGAACACCAGUGAAGUCUAUUUCCCACACUGUCUCUAUGAUGAUCUUGAUCGAUACUGCAAUGUAGGCGCUGCCGGUGUGACCACAGAGACCAGAGAGGUCGCGAGAAAGAUGAUGAUAGUUGGGUUAUGGUGCAUACAGAUGAUGCCUGAGAACCGCCCUUCCAUGAGCAAGGUGGUGGAGAUGUUGAAGGGGAGCGCUACAGACUUGCAAAUGCCACCAAGGCCAUGAUGUGAUUGAUGGAAUGUAAAAUUAUCACUCCAUAUUUGACAAUAUCAUAGUCUUAUAUCAAAGAUCUCUUCUAUCACUCAUCUCUUCAA